ACUCCACUUGGGACCGCCCAAAGGGAAACCCGCCAAUUCAGAUGAUUCAGAAAACCGUUAGAAGCAAAGGCCUUGUUUCCCUCCCACAAAAAUGCAAAACCCUAAACCAGCUCAAGCAAAUCCACGCCCACAUCCUUACAUGCCGUCUACCCGAAAACCUGUACGCCAUUGCUCCGCUCCUCUCCGCGGCAGCAACCUCCAAAGAUGCUUCCUUUUUAUCCUACGCGUGCUCAAUUUUCAAGCACCACCAUAACCACCGCAACAUCUUCAUGUACAACACCAUGAUCCGAGGAUGUGUUCAGUCGCACUCGCCGGUUCCCGCCAUUUCGUACUAUUUAGACAUGUUGAAUUAUGGGUUUGUUCCGAAUAACUACACUUUUCCGCCGUUGAUUAAAGCGUGCACGAUUCUCGCACUGAAUUUGAAGCUCAGUGGUCGAUUAGUUCAUGGCCAUGCGAUUCAGUUCGGGGAUGUGGUAGUGUGGACGGCAAUGAUUGACGGGUAUGGGAAGACAGGGAAUGUUGAGAAUGCCCGAGCUUUGUUUGACAAAAUGCCGGAGAGAAACACCAUAUCUUGGAGUGCGAUGAUGGCUGCGUAUUCUCGGGUGAACGACUUCAGGGAGGUGCUUUUUUUAUUUAGGCAAAUGCAAGAAGCAGGCACAAAGCCUAAUGAGUCGGUUCUUGUUAGUGUUCUGACUGCCUCUGCUCAUCUCGGUGCGGUCACACAAGGACUGUGGGUGCACUCCUAUGCUAAAAGGUGCAAUCUUGUAUUGAACACGAGAUUAGCCACUGCUCUGGUUGAUAUGUACUCGAAAUGCGGAUAUGUGGAAGCAGCAUUACAGGUUUUUGAGGGCAUUCUUAACAAGGAUGCUAAAGCAUGGAACGCUAUGAUCGCUGGAGUUGCAAUUAAUGGGGAUGCAUUGAAAUCGCUUGAACUCUUCAAUAAUAUGGUUUUAGAUAGGAUACAACCCACAGAGACCACAUUUGUUGCCGUUCUCUCGGCUUGCACACAUGCAAAAACGGUUGACAAGGGCCUUGAAUUGUUUGAUCAAAUGGAGACCCUUUACGGGGUUAAACCUGGGCUUGAACAUUACGCUUGCAUUGUUGACCUAUUGGCCAGAGCAGGCAUGGUGGAGGAAGCUGAGAAAUUUAUAGAGGACAAGAUGGGAGGGCUAGGAAGAGGGGAUGCCAACGUGUGGGGAGCAUUACUGGCUGCAUGUAGAGUUCAUGGGAAUGUUGAAGUUGGUGACAGAACUUGGAAGAAGCUUGCAGAUAUGGGAGUAGCCGACUGUGGCAUUCAUGUUCUUUCGUAUAAUAUGUACAAGGAAGCUGGCUGGGAAUUGGAGGCGAAGAGAGUCAGAAAUAUGAUCUAUGAAGCGGGAAUGAAUAAGAAACCUGGUUCCAGUGUGAUAGAGGUAAAUGGCGCGGCCAAAGAAUUCUUUGUUGGUGAUCUUUGUCAUCCACAAGCAGAAGAAAUUGUUAAUAUGCUCAACUCCUUUCGUAAAUUGGUGAAUUUUGAGGAUAUUUGAGGAGGUAUCCAUUUUAUUUUUCAUAAUUUUAUGUAACUCCCUUAUUUUAUUUUUCAUAAUUUAAUGCAACGUAGAGAUGAACGAA